AUGCGGCCGGGCUUCGACCCCGCGCGCCUCAGAGUGCGGGCGCCUGCGCUCCCCGGCCCCUAUUUGACCGUCCCUCGGCUCGCCCAGCCCCUCCCGGCCAGCUUGGCCCCCGCCCGGGGAAGGGGCGCCCCCUCGCUCCCGCAGCCGGGAAGGAAGUCGGCCCGCGGCCGCCGAGCCCGGCAACUUGCGAGCCGGGAAAAGUUUGCGGCGCCUCCGCGGGGCGGCGCGGCGCGGCGCGGCCCGCCCCUGGCGUCCACGGUCACCGCCGGUGACUUUCUGGACUCGUCGUCAGCCCGGGCCGCGGCGCGGCCGGUGGCGACUGCGGGGAGGGCCAGAGUACGUCCGAGGGCUCCCGCGCAAGUGGCUGCGGCCCUGGAGAGUUGCUGUAGAAGAGGGAUAAGAGAGGAAGACAACACAGGAGGAGAUAAGUCACUCUGGAUACAAGGGAAGGUCAUACCACUAUAUAGUAAUUAUUGAGCAGAGGGGAAAGGGACAAGGGAAGGAGUAGACUGCAGUCCAGCUAAUAACCUGGGUUUCCUCAUGUAUCACCCUGGCUCAGGUGCUGUCUCCUCUACCCCCUCCCUUUUUAUACCCCUUUAUUUAGUACUUAAAUACUUUUCUGAUUCACUUUGAGAAACAUUGAUUAUGUUGUCUGCCUCAAAAUGUUAAUCUUGGUUUUGGAUUUUAGGCUCUGUGAUCCUCAACCUUGCAAUGGCUUAGGGGUAGCAAUUGUCUCCUCUUGGAAUCUAGCCUUUGGAAUUAUUGAAGGGCGGAGAUUUCUAUCUCUGACCCCAAAGGAAUAGAUCCAGAAUCCAUCUCCAAAUUUGCCUUGUCAGAGAAGCGUAUGCCGUCAAGACAUGGCGAUGUGAUCAGACAGGCCACUGCCCCUGACUUUGAAAAAUACCUUUACUUUCUAGAGCUCAUGUACUUUCUAAAGUACUUUGUCUCUCAUUAGCUUACUUUCCCCUUACAAACAGUCCUGUAAAAUAUUAACAUUAGUAGACAGACUCCUACAAGGCCCCUCAAAUCUUGCAAGGCUAUUCUUUGCUAUCUUCACAUUAUUUUUUUUUUAUUUUCCUAAAAUUGAAAAACUUUCAUCAUUUUCUAUUUGUACCCAUAUCAAAUGGAGCCUCCUCUGCUUGGCUUAUAUGGUGACCUUAAAACCAAUGUCCUAUCCUACUCUGAAUAUAUUCUCCACAUAGUUCCUGGAACAUGGAACACUUAACCACCGGCCUUAGCCCAUAUUGCUUCCCUUAUUAGUGAUGCCUCCUCAAAUCGCUCAGAUUCUACCCAUUCUUCAGUUUCUAACUCCUCCUUGGAGCCUUCCUAGAUCAUUAAUUCCUUAAAGAUUACAUCUUGCUGUGAAUUCCAAUGGUAGCCACAGCUAUUUGGUCAAUUAUAACCUGGUAUUAAAGUCCUAAUGGAGAAAAAAUAUAGCAUAAAUUUGAUAAGUAGAAGAAAACACUAGACUAAGUCAGUUUUAGAAGACUUGAUGUCUACUAAAGAGCUGUGGGAGCCAAGCCAGAUUGCUUUACCUUUGUGGUUUAACAUUUUCUGAGCUGUUAACGUUAAGAGUUUGGGGCAGAUGAUGUCGAUGGUUCCUUCUUAUUCUGAGGCUUUGGGACAACUUGACCUUCCUAAUGUCGGAUAGGAUUGGGGCUCUUAAUUGAGUUCUUGGAUAAAAAGGUCAGGAAUGGGCACUCAGUUCCUUCAGGACUUGUUCUAUCCCACAGAUUUCUGAUGCUAAACAUGGCAAUUUUUGAAAGCUGUCUACCUUUUUUGUUAAGCUUUUUAACCACAAGCAUUCAGGGAAGGUUAAUGGGGGUGAAUUAGGUAGCAGGAUGAUGCAUUAAGGAUAAUAAAGAGUCAUUUUGUGAAUGACUUCCUAUGAGGGAAUAAAUAAGGUCAGCUAUUGAAUAAACCAUACAUCUUAGCAUUUAAAAUUUACUUUGCAUUUCAUCUUCAUUGAGUAGUGCUAUAUAUAAAAUACAGUUAUAUUUUCUUCUUAAUCCUUUCAUAAGUUGAAAAACGUUAGAAUAGUCAAACUGUAGGAUAGACACUAGAUUACUUUCCAUAGUAAUACAUGUUGUAAGUCUGCGUGUCUGUGUGUGUGUGUGUGUGUAUGUGUGUGUGUGUAUCAUAUGCACAUUACACUUAAAUUAAGAAGGGUAUCCCUAAGUUAUAAGGUGCCAUUAUACAUUGACCAGAUUUAAGAAGAAUAUCUCUUUAAAAUGUGUUGACAUUUAAUUGACCUUUGAAAGUUCAUUCUGUUAAUCAUACUCAAAGUGCUAAAGCUAUGGUUGACUGCUCUGGUGUUUUUACAUUCAAUCGUGCUUAGCAUAUAAAUUCUUCAGUAUAAUUGUUACUUAUUUAGCAAGAGUUUCCUUUCUUCUUUGGAAAUAUGAGUUGUGUUUUAUUUUUGCAUCUUUUUUUUUAACUUUGCUUCAGACUGGAUAGUGUUAGAGGUUUGAAUUGAAAUGCCUUCCUGUCAUUAGUUGUAUGGGGUGUGGCUCCUUAAUAUAGGAGUAAUGGAAAUUUCUUGCUUAGUGGAAGCAUACUUUUCUUCUGGCAGAAGUUUGAGGUGUGCUGCUAAAAUUUAGAGAAGCUUAGCACCUCAACACUACAUAUUUUUAACAUAAUAAAGUUUUGAAAAUCUUUCAAGUCCAUUUAUGUAAACGAAAACUAUCAGUAUGAAUACUUCUCAAUUAUUAAACAAGGACUCAAAGGAUUUGUCUUAAUAGUAAACUCUUAAUUAUAUUCCUUGAAUCGCUGUGAGUGGAAUUUAACUUUAUUAUGAAGGAUGUACUUGUUUUAAAAAAUGUCAAAUAUGUUUCUUUUUAAAGCUUAACAUUUUAUUACUAUCACCUAGAGAACUUCUGCGGAAUUGUUUACAAAUUUCUGGGUAUUAAAUUUAUGAAAUCAGUCUGUGUAAAUAAUUUUUAAUAUGGUUCACUGUCUUACAUGUUUCUAAAUUAAUAUUUCUAAUGAUCAUGAAAAAGUAGCUACACUUUUUGCUAAAUGUUAAUAGAAAAAUAAAAACGUAUAAUUUCCUGUGUUUGCUAGCUUAUCUUUGAGAUUCUAGACAUGGUUUGCAAAAUAUUUUUAUCUUAAAAGCUGUUUUUAAAUAGAGAAGAUAAAGUUUAAAGCAUAGUUUUUAUUUUCAUGAGGUCGUCUUACACUUUUCACCUGUGUAGCUCCAUAUUUGAGACGUGUUCUGUUCCCUGUUUUAUAAGUUUUGAUGUCAUGAUAUCCUUUAUUUAUUCACAUAUUAUAAGCAUGGUAAACAGUC